AUGAAGACACAAAAUGAUAUAAAAAGACUUGCAAGUAAACGACAAAGCUCCUUGUCUCAACUGAGCUCACAUUUAUCAACGAACGAAAAUGCGACGGCCAUUGGAUGUGGCCAGCUGUUACGUGCAGAUUAUCUUAGUAGCCGUGGAAAAUGGUUGCACAUAGGAAAACUUCUCAUCGUGGUAUUCAUUCCGAUUCUCGGAGGAUGGGCUUUCACGUUGUAUUCUCUAACAGACAACGUUGUGGAAAAGGACGCAACGGUUGAGGCUCAAACCCUGAUGCUGAUGGCGAUCAAAUUGGGCCGGCUAAUAUAUACCAUCCAGAAGGAAAGGGACAUGAGCAUUUUAUACAUAAGUAGGAUUGGACCGGGUACAAAGACCUUUCUUAUCGACGAAUACGACAAGACAGACGAAGCUUUUGCCGACAUGUGGGACUGGCCAUUAGAAUUUACAGUACAUGACAAGAAGUACUUCCGCUCUAAAAGAAAACUCAUUAACCAUAUAAAUUCUCAGAGGAAAAAACUCGAUCCAAAUUCACCAGAUGUAUACGGUGAGAUAAAAUUUUACAGCGAAAUCGUCGAGUUUUUUAUGAAUUGGAUGAUUGAACAAAUUCGGGAGAGCGGUUUUGGAAACGUUUGGAAAUCUCUUGUGGUUUUCCAGAAAAUAACACGUUGUAUGUUAGACACAGGAGCAGAGAGAGCAUAUGGAGCAAUGUUUUAUGCUCAAGGAAAUUUUCCCGACCAAGAUUUUUACGACGACUACUUUCGGAGGAUAUUUCGCUUUAACUACAGCUACAAAAGUGCUACUUUCUAUUCAGACCUUGUAGACCCACUCAUAGAUUCCAGAUCAGAUCAAGUUAGCUACACCAAAUCAAUCAGAACAUUACGGGAAGAGAUUAAGUAUAGCAAACUCUCUGGGAAUUACAUGUCUACAGAAAAAGCGGAGGAUUACUUCGACAAUUCCACUUUCCGAGUGGACUACUUAUAUUCACUUCAGGAAGCGGUUGCUUCCCGGAUAAUACGGCGUAUUAAUACAACGGUGAAUGGUUACACAGUAAACAUCAUAUUUUACAGCGUGACGGCUUCUAUCGUCAUCCUUGCAUGCCCUUUCAUUAUGUCAUUCUCUGAAGCACUGACUAGCAACAUGCAAGAAUAUUCCAAAAUCCUGAUGAAGGCUUCAGAUGAACUAAACAAGGAAAGGUCCAAGACAGAUUCGUUAUUGUAUCAGAUGCUGCCAAGACCAAUUGCCGACCGACUCAAAAGAAAAAGUGCAGUAGAAUCCGAAUUUUUUAAAUCGUCUACUGUCAUGUUUACCAGCGUAGUGAACUUCAUUCAAAUGAGUAUUGAGUAUUCGCCCAUGGAACUGAUCGACCUACUGAACAUUCUGUAUUCGUCUAUAGACAACAAGAUAGAAAUGUACGACGUGUACAAAGUGGAAACAAUCAAUGAUACCUAUAUGGUUGUUUCAGGAGUGCCAAAUCCAAAUGGUUCCAGACAUGCGUCGGAAACUGCAUAUCUUGCCUUGGAUAUUGUAGCUUCAGUGAAGUACAAGACACUAGUAUCAGUGGGCACCAAACAACCAUUGCAUUUGUUAAUUGGCAUAAGCUCAGUUCAAGCGUACUUUCUAGGGUCUGUUUCGGCUGGUGUUGUGGGUACAGUGAUGUUGCGAUACUGUCUGUUCGGAGAUACGGUGAAUACCGCAUCAAGAAUGAAAUCAAACGGAUUGCCGGACAGGAUCCAUAUAAGCGAACCGACUUUCAAAAUCCUUAACAAAACAGGUUUCUUUACCAUUUUACCUCGAGGAAAAAUUGAAGUGAAGGGCAAAGGAGAGAUGAGUACGUACUGGCUUAUAGAAGCUAUUCGCCCAAGAGAUAUUUCUUGCUCCGAGUACAAACUUCCUGGAGAAGUAGAUGUCUCAGCGGAAACUGAGUCUACAGAAUUUACAUCGAAUGCAUCGAAAGCACAAGGGGGAACCAGCAAAAACAUGCGCAUUAGUACAAAACUGAAAAAGAUUUCAUCAAUUGUGGAACCAACCAAAGUCAAGGGCGAUUCGACAGCUUCAACACCAAAGAAAAGUGUAGCCUCUGAUUUAGGCUGUGACUAA